AUGCCGCCCAAGAGCCAAGAAGCCAGGACGCAGCCGGACGAAGUCGUGAUUUUUGAGGGCACCUUCAGCUGGUGGGCGGCAUGGUGCAUGAUGAUCUGGGUGCUGUGCUUCCUCGCCAGCACCGUGCUGAUGAUCCUCUCGACCCGUGGCUCUGCCUUCCAGAUCAUUUCCGAAGAAAUCUCGUAUGUGAAGGAAGUGCGGCCGCCCUACGGGCCGGAGAUGCAGCCGGUGGUUGAUGCGACCAUGCGGGAGAUCAACCAGAUGUUUGCCUACCACUUGCCACAAACCGCUUUGUUCUACUCCCUGGCCGGAGCGUCGCUGGGGCUUUUCACCGUCUCCUACUUCACCUCCUUCGUUCUUCUUGAGGACCAAGGCCCCAAAAGAGUGGUGGACAUAGGCUUCCUCAUCUCCAAGGGCGUCAACGUCUACAUGAGCCGGACCAUUCCGGUGAUCCUGGCAUUGUUGUUCCUUGGCGGCUGGUACGUCAUGGGCACUGCUGGUCCCCGGGCAGUCGCUUGCUUCGCCGUGGGCGCAGCCUUGAAUUUGCUGAGCGCGUCGGUAGGGGUGAGCGUCACAGUGCAGGGGCAGACCCGGCUGGCGCAUGCCCUGGGGCUGGAGCUGUUCGACUCCCUGCAGAUAGGGAUCAGGACGGGCUCUAUCGGUGGCUUGCUGGCAACGUCCCUUGCAUUAGGAGGCAUGGCUGGCAUGUGGCUCUUGAUCCAGGACACACUGUCGCUUUCCGGUUUCGGCUCGGGUGCAUCCAUUGUGUCAUUCUCGAUGCGGGUGGGGGGCGGCAUCUUCUCCAAGGGUGCAGACAUUGGGGCAGACUUGGUGAGUGACAUGGAGCAGGCCCGUUUCGAGGAGGACCAGCGGCUUUUCGAGCUGCAGAGGAAGAUGGCGGAGUUGGAGGAAGAUCGAAAGGAGCGGGCCAAGCAGGGGCUGGAAGGAGAUGAUGAAGAUAUGAUGGAGGAGCUGCGCAAGAUGGAGGAUCAAAUGCAAGAUAUCGCCUCGAAGCUGCACCCCAUCGAUUACUUCGACACCGUGGGCGAGGCCAUCAAUGACGUCGCCGGCACUUGUGCCGAUCUGUUCGAGUCCAUGGUCUUGAUCCUGGGCACCUGCACCAUCAUUGGUGUCAAAGGAAGCCCCGUGCCCCACUUCAACUCUGGCCUGCCCUUUUGGAUCAUCGCCUCCGGCAUGGUGGGCUGUUCUUUGGUGGCCUACUUUGUUCACGUGCACGAGCGGUUCACCGCUCAGAGAAUCCGCUGGAGCUUGCGUGCCAACCUGUUGCUGGUCAUCGGCCUGGUGCAGCUGGUGCAAAUUUCCGUGAGCUUCCAGGAGUACCUGGCAGGCACAAUCAGCUUUAAUAGGUUCUGGCACUUCUGCGCCAUUUCGCUUAUGGGGCAAAUCAUUCCGGAAGUGUGCGUUCUCUUAGGGGAAUUCUUCACAUCCACAGACUACUCUCCCGUGCGCUCGCUUGCCAUGAACGCGGACCUGGGCAUUGUGCAAGUCGUUCUUCAAGGCUUUGGCCAGGGCUUCUUCUCGACAGGCCUUCCAGCUGUUGUGAUCAUCACCUGUGUUGUGGCCACCUGGCGUCUUGAGCAGCACUACGGCCUUGCACUGCUCAGUGCUGCGUCUGUCAGUGGCACGGGCUUCCAGGGAGGAAUCGCCUCCUUCGGGGCCAUCGCCACCAAUGCCCACAAGAUUGUGCAUCUGACGACCUACCAUGCAAUGAGCCGACACCGUGCCAAUAUUUGUGCAUCUCUUGGGGAUACUACGGCGCAUGCUGGCAACACCAUCUCCGCGGUGAAUGCUUUCAGCGCCGUGUUUAACAUCGCUCUCACGCUGCUGGCACAAGCGUACACGGAGCUGGACAUCAAUUACAUGAACGUCACGGGCUCCAUCUUGUCGAGCUACAGUCAAGCGGGUCUGGUCCUGGGAGUUGUGAUGACCUUCGCCUUUGCAGCCAAUACGAUGAUAUCGUGCCUCCAAACGGCCCAAGCCUUCGCCAAGUACGUGGCCCAGCACGAGAUUGGCAAGAUUGCGCAGCUCCCGUUCCCUCAGUCGCACGUGAGGCCUCUGAAGAAGCUGGCGUCCUUCGGGUCCAUCACGUCCAUGCGGAUGACCAUCUCCCCCAUCAUCAACUCCCUGGCCUGCCCCAUGAUCGGCGGCUUCUUCCUGGGCGUGAAAGGCCUCCUCUUCAUGAUAUCUGGCUCUAAUGUCCUGGUCUUGUGCCUGAGCAUCUUUCUCAUCAACUCCGGCCAGUCCUGGGUGGCAGCGAGGAAGUUCGUGCUCUUCGGCCUACUCCGUGACAAAGACGGCAAUGUGAUAGGUCCCGACUCGCCGCAUUAUGCAAACCUGGGCAUUGGGGAGACAAUUGGCGGCCCCUUCGAGGAUACGACUGGCCCAGCCAUGAACAACUUCAUCAAGUUCGUGGCGGUCUUCGCCUUUGUGACAGGUGGCCCUGGCCGGCUCUACGAAGAGCUGCCGGUGAACACGUGGCCUUUCGGCUUCGCCUCGGUGGUUGGAUCGCUGUCCCUGGUCUUCUUCUCCCGGGUUGGGCUGGACCUCUUGCUCAAGGGCGUGGGCGCAUUCCUCUCGCGCCGGAGAAAGCAGCAAGCUUUUGAGGAAGGUGAAGAAGCACCUCCGGAAGAAAGUGAGUUUGAUGAGCUUGAUGAGCUGUGA